CCAGUGUUGCCUAACUUCGCAGUGGUAGUUUCUUUUUUCGUGUCAAUUUGAGAAAUUUGGCAAAAGUUAAUUGAAUAAAAGUAUUAAGCAAUUGUAAGGGUAUUUAAACACUGCCAGUCAUGUCCCUGUUAAACAAUGACGACAGCAUUCCCAACAUGGACGAGGAUCCACAGGUGGUCAUUCCGGACGAUGAGCCCUCGACAGCGGUUCGAAUGCCCAAUGGCAGAUCCAUGGACUCGCUGCGCUCCUCCUUCACCAACCGGAGCUCGACGCCGGAUUCAUCGCACAAUUCGCUGGAGGCCAUGGAAAUGGCCCAGGACGACCGGGAGGAGAAGGCCCGCCUCAUCACACAGGUCCUGGAGCUGCAGAACACCCUGGACGACCUGUCGCAGCGCGUCGAUUCCGUCAAGGAGGAGAAUCUCAAGCUGCGCUCCGAGAACCAGGUGCUCGGCCAGUACAUCGAGAACCUGAUGUCCGCCUCAUCGGUGUUCCAGUCCACCAGUCCCAGUGCGGCCAAGAAGAAGUAAUCUUCUGAUAACCCACCCACCCAUUGGAACUGGAAACCAAAAACCAUCUCAAAUAUGCCUUCUCGUUCACGCUAGAGCUAUAUUUUAAUCUAUAACACUCGAAAUUAAGCUAUUGCAAUGUUGUUUAAUUUGCCCAAUCGUCGAAUUUGUCUUUAUUUAGGCUUAAGCUUAUGGCGCGCUAUGUAUUUUAUACAUAAAAGUAAUUUAUUUAUAUAGAUAAUUAAUAAAUCAAUAAUAUACCCCAUCGCAA